UGCCUUUCCCGACGCUGAGCGAAGCCUCCCAUACAGAUGAGCGCUGGAAGCCACGCACCUCUUGACGUAGCCACAGACCGGUUGCGGUGCCACUCGGUCUCCGUAGCACGUAUUUGCGCAACGUGACCGAUGCUCAACUGGCUCCACGGCAGUCACAUCCGGCUCCCACAGUCUCGUGAAUUCACUCGAAAAAAGUGCUAUCAUAACGCCGAAGAAAAAAGCUAGAAUCUCCGAGGUGCUGUGGAGGAAAAAAAAACCUCCACCGCUUCUCUCCUCAGACCGGACUGGACCUUCCCCAUGUCGCCGCCGCCGGUAGACAUAAGUCGGGGUGCAGUCGUGAUGUGACUGCGUGAACGCACUCCACUUUGGUAUCUGCAACAGUAGCUUUGACGACCGCCCAGAAGGUAAAAACAGUGCCAGCGCCAGUGUUUUGGUGAAGCAGAGGUGAUGGCUUCGUUUGACAGCAUGCAGUCCACGCAGCAGCAGCUUCCGUGACCACAGCUGGAUUUGUAGGGAGCUAUGUCCGCGGGCACCGAGGCUCCGUCCGCCUGUGAUAGUCGACAGCAUCAGUGUGCCCCCUCGGUUUGGCGCUUCGAGAGUCUUCGCUAAAGUCCACGCGCACGCUACCUGGAGUCGAGGAGAGGUUGCUGUUUGUUGAAAGGCCGGGCUCUCUGCAGCCCACAACCCCGCAUCCUCCGCGGCGUUUCUCCGCGUUCUUCAUGGCGGUGAACAUCAAAGCAACAGCUACCUGAGCCUGAUCUCCAACCGCGGCCAUACAUACCUUUAGAGCUAAUACUGAGACUUAAUUAAUCGACGCGUGGAUCGCAGCGGUGCUGUGUCUAUGUGCCUCAGUCACACCGCCCCGGAAAGGACUUCUUGCCAUUGAGAGCUGGAUAUGCAGAGAUUAACGUGAGAGGAUGGAUCUAAUUAUCUGUGUUUUGGGGCUGCUGGCGCUGGCCGUGGAGGGCAUCCGUUGCCAAGGAGUGUAUGCACCUCCGAGCGUCCGCAUUAUACACUCGGGGCACGCCUGUAAUGUGGAGGAGGAGCGGCACACGGAGAGAGUGUACACCAUCCGAGAGGGAGAGACCCUGGAGCUCACCUGCCUGGUGACGGGCCAUCCUCGACCACAGAUCCGAUGGACAAAGACAGCGGGCAGUGUGUCGGACCGUUUCCAUGACUCCAGUGUGUUCAACCAGACGCUCAACAUUGCAAAGAUCCUGAGGACCCAGGGGGGGCGCUACUACUGCAAGGCUGAGAACGGCCUUGGAUCCCCCGCCAUCAAGUCCAUCCGGGUGGACGUCUACUACCUUGAUGAACCGACGGUGACGGUGCACCAGAGUAUAGGAGAAGCUAAGGAACAGUUCUACUAUGAGAGGACAGUGUUUCUGCGCUGCGUGGCCAACUCCAACCCGCCCGUCCGCUACAGCUGGCACCGCGGGAGAGAAGUCCUGACGCAGGGCUCGGACAAGGGAGUGGAGAUCUACGAGCCCUUUUUCACUCAGGGGGAAACGAAGAUUUUGAAGCUGAAGAACCUGCGCCCUCAGGACUACGCCAACUACAGCUGCGUGGCCUCUGUCAGAAAUGUGUGUGCGAUCCUUGACCGCAGUGUUAUCUUCAAACUCACCAAUAAGACAGCCUCCCCCUCCAUCAAGCUGCUGGUGGAGGACCCCAUCGUGGUGAACCCGGGCCAGACGGUCUCCUUGGUGUGCAUCACCACAGGUGGAGAGCCGCCCCCCAUUCUCACCUGGAUCUGCAGUAAUGACAGCCUACCACAAAGGAGCGUGGUGAAGGGGGGCACGCUCACACUCCCAGCCAUCACCUCAGACGAGGCGGGGGUCUACAGCUGCGUGGCCAGCAACAGUGUGGGAAACCCGGCCAAGAAGUCCACCACUAUCGUGGUCAGAGCUUUGAAAAAGGGGCGUUUCUGGAUCACUCCCGACCCCUACCACAAUGACGACAACAUCCAGAUCGGACGAGAAGUCAAGAUAUCCUGUCAGGUGGAGGCGACCCCACCAGAGGAGCUGACCUUUAGCUGGCUGAAGAAUGGCCGUGGCCUGCGGAGCUCGGAGCGUAUGGUCAUCACCCAGACGGACCCCGACAUCUCCCCCGGGACCACCAACCUGGACAUCAUAGACCUCAAGUUCACCGACUUCGGCACCUACACCUGCGUGGCGGCGCUGAAGGGCGGAGGCAUCCCUGAGAUCAGCAUUGACGUCAACAUCUCCUCCACAACUGUUCCCCCCAACCUGACAGUCCCUCGGGGCAAGUCCCCCCUGGUGACCCGCGAGGGUGACACAGUGGAGCUGGAGUGCCUUGUUUCAGGAAAGCCCAAACCCAUCAUCUUGUGGUCGAGAGCCGACAAGGAGGUGCCAAUGCCGGACGGCAGCAUGCAGAUGGAGAGCUAUGACGGCGUGCUGCGGAUUGUCAAUGUUUCCAGGGAGAUGACGGGCUCGUACCGCUGCCAGACCAGCCAGUAUAACGGGUUCAACGUGAAGCCCCGGGAGGCCGAGGUGGAGCUGAUCGUACAAUACCCUCCCACGGUGGAGCCAGUUUACAUGGAGAUGCGUCAGGGCCUGGGCCGGCCCGUGGUGAUGACCUGCAGGGUGCUGCGAGCCCACCCCUCCCGCGUGCUGCGAUUCGAGUGGCUCCUGUCGAACCGGCUGCUCCACGCUGGAGCCUUCGACGCCCAGAGAGACGAAACGGAGUACACCAUCCGCAGCCUGAAUCGAGACGGGUGGGGGGAGUACACGUGUAACGUCAUAAACGAGGCGGGAGCAGGAAAAUGCACCUUCCAGGUUACAGGCAAAGCCUACCCUCCUGAGUUCUACUACGACACCUACAGCCCGCUGUGGCAGAACCGGCCCAGAGUCUACGGCUUCAAACUGCAGUGGACCCAGAUGAACCCCAACGCGGUGGACCGCAUCGUGGCCUACAGGCUGGGCAUCAGACAGAUGGGCCUGCAGCGCUGGUGGGAGCAGGAGAUUCCUGUGGACGGAGCGAUCAACAAAGGAGAGCUGAUGACACACAACCUGACAGAGCUCAUAAAGCCUGAAUCCUACGAGGUGCGGCUGACCCCCAUCACACGAUUCGGAGAGGGCGACUCCACCAUCCGGAUCGUCACGUACAGCGCUCCCAUCAACCCUCACCUGAGAGAGUUCCACUGCAGCUUUGAGGAGGAGGCCAUCUGCAUGUUCACCCAGGACAAGAAUGACGAUUUUGAUUGGACGAGGCACAGCGCUGCUACCAGAGACACCAAGUACACCCCCAACACCGGGCCCAGCGGGGACCGCAGCGGUUCCAAACAGGGUUUCUACAUGUACAUUGAGACAUCAAGACCACGGAAGGAAGGGGAGAAAGCGCGACUCGUCAGUCCGUUUUUCAACGUACCACCUAAAAACCCUUACGUUAUCACCAACCCGCCUGCCUACUGCUUCGGCUUCUUCUACCACAUGUAUGGGAAGCACAUAGGAACACUAAACGCCCUCCUGAAACAGAAGGGCCAAACAACCUCCGAGGCUCCUGCGUGGUCGCUAAACGGUAACCAAGGUGAACGCUGGAAGCAGGCGAAAGUAAGCAUCCAUCCGACAUCAUCCUUCCAGGUGGUGCUCGAAGGUAUCCGGGGACCAGGCAUCGAGGGAGAUAUAGCCAUCGAUGAUGUCACGCUGGAAGAAGGGGAGUGUCGAGACCCUCCACCCAAUCUCAGCUCCAAGUCUCCGUCCACAUCCUCCCAUAUAUGGCUGCUAUGCAUCACCUUGGUGAUGACCCUCCUGGAAGGUCAGAGGUGACCCUUCUCUCCGUCAUCUCAGAGGCGAACAUUCAGACCCUCCGUCGGUGAACUAUACCCUCGGCAUCCAAUCACCAAAGAUUCAUGCAUCCUGAAAGCAGCAGGGGUCCCCUGGCAGACCACGGAGGGGCCGAUAUUAAUGAAAGAGGGAAAAAAUCAUGAUAUAAACGUGACACAAAAAGUAAUAAAGAAGACGCGCUAAUUUUUUUAAAGAAACCUCUUUUACAGAAACACUCCUCGCUGCAGGACUCUGGACAUCUUUACGAGCACACAGACAAGUGGGCCAUGAAUAAGCCUGGACUUUGGCGAAAGAGUUCACAAGCAUCGAAGGAGGACAGUUUGUAAAGCACAAGAACCAUUUUAUGAAGUUAUGAAAAUAUCUUUGGAAGGCGGCGGGUAUAUAGACUAGUGACUUUUUUGGAAAGGAAUGAACAUUUCCCUGCUUACAAACACAUGGAAUCAGACCUUUCUCUUUGCAUCUUUAUCUUCAUUUUCUCGCACCAGAUGCCAUUCACCGACACUUGUUUUUCACUCUGGCCCAGCCUCACGUCACACCUUGGCAUUUCUUUAUCUGCUCGGUGCUGUACUGUAGAAAAACAAGGUCUCUGGCAACAUUUAGUUCUGUCUGCUUACUCCCCUGUAGCUGCCUAUGUAUCUAUUAACACUGUGCUCACAAGUCCAAGUGGCCAACCGGCUGUGUGGUGUCAGAACAAUGAAAGCAAGAGAAUCAGCGGAGGUGUAGACAAGGUGGACGGGAGGGCAGAGAGAAGCUCAGGAUCUGAAAUGAGAGAGGGAGCAGAGUGGAGGAGAGGGAGAGGAGAGAGGAACAGGCAGAGAGUGGAGAAAGGUCCGAUCAGUGAGGCCUGACUCGAAUAUUCAGUCCGCCUGUGGAACAGAAGCCACUUUACUUUCUGCCAUGAAACAAAGUGCCUUCAGAUUACAAACCGAAUCGUGAGCCUGUGUGUUAAUCAACAUCGAACACAUCUCUGUUCAUGUUUCCUCUGAUGGGCUAUUUUCUACAUGUUUCUUUUGCCCCACAAGUGCUGACGGGAGGGCAUGCGUGUUCAGAGGGAGUGUUGGGUUGUUUAAAUCCUGAUGGGACAGUUGCCUGUGUGUGUGUGUGUGUGUGUGUGCGUGUGUGUGUGUGUUUGUGUGCGUGCAUGCUCCUAAGCCUAUGCCUAUGCCUCGGCGUAGUUCAACGUGAAGGCAGCAUCCCAGGCAGAGCUGGCAGACCAGGUUUGGAUACAAUUUGGAUUUUAAAAAACAGCGGCAACAGUGAAAGUGAGGCUCUGGAUCUUUUCCUGCAGAACGACAUGAUUAUACAGGAGGAUAAAGACAUGUGGUCGAAUGAAUACCCCCACUCUCUCUUUCCAUAAUUCUCCUUCCCUGUGGUGAGCAUUUUUUAACAAAAGAACGACCGCUGAAUAAAACAUUGCGUUGUACAGGGAGGAGAGUAGGAACUCUGGGACUGUAGGCUCUUCUUCAGGGUCAUACGCCUCGCCCCUACCCUCCACCAUUUAUAUGGAACAAUACAAGAAUAAAAGAUAAUAAUGACCAUAAUAAUAGUCAUGAUAUUUUAUUACUCUAGCGAGAAUGUUUCUCUGCUUUUACACAAACUGUGAAGAUUUGACUGUGGAAGAUCUACCUGAGACCAUAACCUUAACCAGCGGGGUUUUUAAAAAAUGUAUUGUAAAAAAGAGAAAAUAAGAAAAUGAAAAAUUCCGUUCAUUGUUGGUUAUGACAAAUGUUUUGAGGACUUGUGUCUUGUUUCUUCUUUUUAUUUUUUUUCUGUUGAAGAUUACUUAACUUCCUUUCUCUUCUUGUCGUCUCCCUUUGCAUUGCUUAAGUAUCAAAGCUGACGGAAGCAUAAGAAGUCAAACCAAUUUGGUAACUGUAUAACUUGUAAAUGUUAAAGAAGCUCUAUUCAAAGGUUUAUGAUAAAUGUUUUAUGUUGGAGUACAGGAAGCACAACAUACAGUUUAAGGUCUCGACAUAUAAAAUCCAUUUUAUAUUUCUCUGCACAUACGUGACCAACUCCCACAGGCUUACCAACACAAGUCCGCGUUUAACAGCAAACUGAUCAUUUUCUACUCAUUACAUUCAUAUUUAUAGUGCAACCAAAACACUAAAGGACAGAAAGAAGCCCGGUAUGAUGGAGUGAUCAUCAAUGCAGACUGGGUAACGCUUCAGUUUGGUGUUGUGGUUGUUCAGCAGAUGUAGCCUCUUCUAUGGAAGCCUGAGUGGGUCAUGUACAUGUGUGAGCAUAAAGCUGUGUACAAUAGGUGUGAUAAGAAACUGAUACGUGUAAAGAAGAUUAAUAUGCCAAGCAAAACAGAGCAGGAUGAUAAGCAUUUCAGUGCAUCCUUAUAAUACCAUCAUGGUCUGUAUGAUGUUAUUACAGAGACAUAAUCACAGCUAUUAUCUGCUGUUCAUUUUUAUCUUUCGUUUUUGUGUUUUUAUUUCUAUAAGGCCAAGAUCAUAAUGAAUGUAAAUGGAGUUUUGGCGGGAGUUCUUUUCUUACAGUCUUACUAUGUUUUACCUUUUUUUGUGAAUGUGCUUUUGAUGAUGAGAACAUUCAGAGGUUGUUUUCAACACAUAAAGAACAAGUUCGUCUGACUUUGACACCAUGUUCUAAAUUACAUGCUCAAAUGAAAUAUCCAUUGGGGUAGUUGCUAUAUCCUCGUGUCGUAUAGUAAAUAUUGAAAAGUGCCAAAGUGCCCCGUGCAGUCGUCGCUGUCACUA